GCGAGGCGGAGCGCCGGGCGGGGGCGGGGCGGCCUGCGGGCCCCGUGCGGGGCGGUCGUGCCCGAGUGUCCAGCCCCGGCCCCACGCGGCCCCGCGGCGCCUUUGUUGCCGGGCGCCCGCCGCGGCGCCUGCCAGCGCGCAGAUGGUGGACGCGGGCGGCCGCCCGGGCGGGGACGGCUGGCGGAGGAUGGAGGCCGCGCCCGACGGCGCCGCGGACGUCGUGCCGCUGGACCGCUACGACCCGGCGCGCGCCAAGAUCGCCGCCAACCUGCAGUGGCUGUGCGCCAAGGCCUACGGCCGAGAUAACAUCCCCGAGGACCUCAGGGACCCCUUCUACAUCGACCAGUACGAGCAGGAGCACAUCAAGCCGCCGGUCACCAAGCUCCUGCUGUCGGGCGAGCUGUACUGCCGCGUCUGCAGCCUCAUCCUGAAGGGCGACCAGGCGGCCGCCCUGCAGGGGCACCAGUCUGUCAUCCAGGCCCUGUCCCGCAAGGGCAUUUACGUGAUGGAGAGCGACGACACGCCCGUGACGGACCCCGACCUCAGCCACGCUCCCAUAAAGAUGAGCGCCCACAUGGCGAUGGUGGACGCCCUCAUGAUGGCCUACACCGUGGAGAUGAUCAGCAUCGAGAAGGUGGUGGCCAGCGUCAAGCGCUUCUCCACAUUCAGUGCCUCGAAAGAGCUUCCGUACGACCUCGAGGACGCCAUGGUGUUCUGGGUCAACAAGGUAAACCUUAAAAUGAGAGAGAUAACAGAGAAGGAAGUGAAGCUGAAGCAGCAGUUCCUGGAGAGUCCGGCUCAUCAGAAGGUGCGCUACCGCCGAGAGCACCUGUCGGCGAGGCAGCCGCCCUACUUCCCGCUGCUGGAGGACCUGAUGCGAGACGGCAGCGACGGGGCCGCGCUGCUGGCCGUGGUCCACUACUACUGCCCCGAGCACAUGAAGCUGGACGACGUGUGCUUGAAGGAGGUCACGUCGAUGGCCGACAGUCUGUACAACAUCCGGCUGCUGCGGGAAUUCUCGAACGAGUACCUGAACAGGUGCUUUUACCUCACCUUGGAGGACAUGCUGUACGCUCCCCUGGUGCUGAAGCCGAACGUGAUGGUCUUCAUUGCCGAGCUCUUCUGGUGGUUUGAGAACGUCAGGCCCGACUUUGUUCAGCCCAGGGACGUCCAGGAGCUGAAAGACGCAAAAACAGUGGCACACCAAAAAAGCAGCCGACCGCCCGUCCCCAUCUCCAAUGCCACCAAGCGCAGCUUCCUGGGCGGCCCCGCGGGGGCGGCGAGCCCGGCUGAGCCGCUGUCCCCUGCUCAGCCGCCGGCCGAGGGCGGCCCCAGGCAGCACCUGCACCUCGAGGAGCCUGACCCCCUGGGGAGAGGGGCCUCUGCCUUCAGCCCAUCGCAUCCCUUACUGCCCCUGCGGCAGCGGCAGCAGAGGGCGGCACCGGGGGAGGACCCGCCGGAUGAGCGACACCGGUCCAACUCCUUGACCCGCGUGGACGGGCAGCCACGGGGAGCAGCGGUAGCGUGGCCAGAAAAAAAACACAGGCCUGCAUCUCAGCCGGCGCCGUUCGCGCUGCACCACGCUGCGAGCUGCGACGCGGACCCCGGCUCUGGCGACAGCGUCAGCUUGGCCCGCUCCAUCAGCAAGGACAGCCUGGCAUCCAACAUCCUCCCCCUGACCCCGCAGAACCAGCCACAACCCCCCGCCCUGAGGGCCAGCGGGAAGAGCCUCCUGAACAAUGUCGACAUGGAGGACGAGGACGAAGAGCUCGUGGCCAUCGUUAGGACAGACGGGGCUCCCCACGGCAGUGACCUGGGCCCCGCGACCAGUGCCAGGCCUCCCCAGAGACCGGCGGGCCCCGUGGAGAGCAAGCCCGACAGUUUCUUCCUGGAGCCGCUGAUGCCGGCCGUGCUGCGGCCCGCCAAGGAGAAGCAGGCGGUCAGCAAGGAGGACGAGUGCGGGGAAGGGCGGCUGAGGAGCUGCGCGGCCAGGAGGCCCAGCGAGGGCCCGCCUCUGGGGCGGAGGAAGGCGCCCGGCAGCUACGGCACUCGUGACUUGAAUAGGACUUUCACCCCGAUUUCCUCCGCGGAGCUGUGCGCCGAGGCGGGGCCGCAGGCCGGGGAAGCCCGCGGGGAGCCUCUGGCCAGCGGCAGUUUCGAUCCAUCUCAGGGACAGUCCCCCGACGGCUUCUUUCUUCACGUGGCCAGAGCCGACGAGGCCCCGGAGGGCAGGCUGCACAGUAGCCGGGCGAGAAGCCCACUCGCCCGCGACCCGGAACCGUGGACCGUCCUGAGGCAGGACUCGGACUCGGAUGUCGCAGAGCUGGAGGAGGCCGAGCACGACUUCCUCGGGGCGGACCUCCCUUUGCUGAUGGGGCGGUACGCGGGCGAGGAGGAGUCGGCCAAGCUGCAGGAGGACAUGCAGGUGAAGGAGCACGAGGACAAGGACGGCGCCAGCGGCCGCUCCAGCCCCUGCCUGAGCACCAUCUCCCAGCUCAGCGGCGCCUCCGUGGCCAGCGGGAGCGCGAGAAUGACCAGCUUCGCAGAGAGGAAGCUCCAGAGGCUCAGCAGCUGUGAGACCAAGUCCAGUACGAGCAGCUCCCAGAAGACCACGCCGGAUGCCUCGGAGAGCUGCCCGGCCCCGCUGACCACGUGGAAGCAAAAGAGGGAGCAGAGCCCCGGCCGGCAGGGCAGGGACCACGCCAGCCUCCUGGCCUCGGAGCUGGUGCAGCUGCACAUGCAGCUGGAGGAGAAGCGGAGGGCCAUCGAGGCCCAGAAGAAGAAGAUGGAGGCGCUGUCCGCCCGGCAGCGCCUGAAGCUGGGCAAGGCCGCCUUCCUGCACGUGGUCAAGAAGGGCAAGGCCGAGGCCGGCCCCCAGCCCCUGAAGCCGGAGCCCAACGAGGAGGACUUCAGCGGUGCUGUGUCCAAGACCGAGGAAUUCCUGGCUAGGGAGCAGGGCCGGGGAGACGUGGGCGAGGGUCAGGAUGCGGACAGAGAGGGCCUGGCGCUCCUGCAGCAGCACAGGCAGGACCCGGCCGCGCUGCCCGAGCUGGAGAAGAGUAAGGCGCUGUCCGCGGCCCUCCUGGAGGUGGCCGGGGACGGGCUGGACGCGGGCGAGGGGGACCUCUCCAUCGAGAAGCUCAACGAGACCAUCAGCACGCUGCAGCAGGCCAUCCUGAGGAUCUCCCAGCAGCAGGAGCAGCUGCUCAUGAAGUCCCCUGUGCCCCCCACCCCCGGGGCCCGAAACAACGCCACGGACCCCAAAGUCAAGGCGUCCAUCCACUUUGUGGAGCCUCUGUCUCCAACGGGAGUGACGGGGCACCGCCGGCCUCCCCGUCUGGGGCAGGGUCGGAACUCGCGGGCGGGGCGACCCGCUGAGCUAAAGGUCACAAAAGACAGGCAGCAGGGCUCCCGAAGUAAGACCCCGACGCCCAGCGUGGAGGCCCUCCCGCACCUGCGGUCCUUCCCGCCGCGGACGCCCCCCGACCCGGGCUGGGAUGGGGUGGCAGACCCCGGGAGCGGCCCUCCCGAGAAGGGCUGCUUGGACAGCUACCGGCUCCACGAUGCCAGCAACCAGCGGGCGCUCACCUUGCCCUCGCCCAAAGACGCCAACAUCCUGUCGGAGCAGAUGAGCCUCAAAGAAGCGCUGGGCCUGGGCCUGAAAGACGUGGGGCUCGGGGGCCCCGCUGUCUCAGGAAAGGAGGGCGUCCCUGCGGACGGGCCCCCGCGGAGCAAGGCCAGCCUCAUCGAGGUGGACCUGUCGGACCUGAAGGCCCCCGACGAGGACGGGCCGACGGGCCCCGAGAGCUCGGUGGACCUCAGCACGGACGGCGACCAGAAGUCGGGUGUCGGCUUCUUCUUCAAGGAUGAACAGAAGGCAGAGGAUGAGCUCGCCAAGAAGCGGGCGGCCUUCCUCCUGAAGCAGCAGCGCAAGGCUGAGGAGGCCCGCGUGCGGAAGCUGCAGCUGGAGGCGGAAGUUGAGCUCAAGAGGGACGAGGCCAGGCGCAAAGCCGAGGAAGAUCGGAUACGGAAGGAGGAGGAGAAGGCGCGGCGAGAGCUCAUCAAGCAGGAAUACCUGCGGAGGAAACAGCAGCAGAUCCUAGAGGAGCAGGGGCUGGGCAACCCCAAGUCGAAGCCGAGGAAGCCCCGGCCGAAGUCCGUCCACCGGGAGGAGCCGCGCGGCGACUCGGGAACCAAGUGCUCCUCCACCCCGGAGAACCUGAGCCGGGCCCAGUCGGGCUCCAGCCUGUCCUUGGCCUCCGCGGCGACGACCGAGCCCGAGAGCGUCCACUCGGGGGGCACACCCGCCCCACGGGUUGAGUCCCUGGAAGCCUUGCCCAUCCUGAGCCGCAACCCCAGCAGGAGCACCGACCGGGACUGGGAGACGGCGUCCGCCGCGUCCUCCCUCGCCUCCGUGGCCGAGUACACAGGUCCCAAGCUCUUCAAGGAGCCCAGCAGCAAGUCCAACAAGCCCAUCAUCCACAACGCCGUGUCCCACUGCUGCCUGGCCGGGAAGGUGAACGAGCCGCACAAGAACUCCAUCCUGGAGGAGCUGGAGAAGUGCGAGGCCAACCACUACAUCAUCCUGUUCCGCGACGCCGGCUGCCAGUUCCGGGCGCUGUACUGCUACUACCCUGACUCGGAGGAGAUCUGCAAGCUCACGGGCACCGGGCCCAGGAGCAUCUCCAAGAAGAUGAUCGACAAGCUCUACAAGUACAGCUCGGACCGCAAGCAGUUCAACCUGAUCCCAGCCAAGACCAUGUCGGUCAGCGUGGACGCGCUCACCAUCCACAACCACCUGUGGCAGCCCAAGCGGCCGGCCGCGCCCAAGAAGACCCAGGCGCGCAAGUGAGGCGGCCAGGCCGAGCGGUGCCCACACCCACCUUCCUUCUCGUCCGUCGGGUACGGAGUGCAGAGUCACAGACCUCGAAGAGAUGGACAGAGGGCAGGGUCCCUUCCCCCGCCAGGAGCCAGGAGGAGCGGGGCGGGUGCACGCCGGGUCCGGGCCAGGCUGCUGCGGUCGCUGUCCCCAAGGCUGCCGGCGGCUGUGCGUGCGGCCGGUUCCUGUUACUUGAAGUCCGUCAGCGUAAACCACAGCGAUUUCCUUUGUCUCUGACCGCCCCCCUCCCCCUGCCUCCAUGCACACGGCCCGGCCCCUGCGGGCGGCGGCCUGGGGGGAGGGGGGGAUGGUUCUCCUUCGGGCGCUCGACCGUCCUCUGGGAAGGAACUCGUCUGGGGUCUUGUUCACUUGGAAACUGAUAUUUAUUGAUGUGUCAACUGCCAACGUGUACGUCCAAUCCUAAGGUUUCUGAAAACGAUGCUUGUUCUUGCUGCUCAGAAGUUUACUAGACGCUCAGCCAUGGGCGGUUCUCCGACUCGGCCACGCCGAGGGCUGCGGGGCUAGGGGCGUGGGCCUGGCCGUGGGCGAGGAGCAGGCGCAGGUCGCUCCCUGCGUGGGCAGGACUCUGGGGGCUUGGCCACGGGAAUAAAGCAGGUUUGGGGAAAGCA